UGCUGCAGGGUAACAUCUGGAUUGGGCUCCUGGACCCUUGGAUGCUGGGCUACCCUACCCACAAGUUCCUGGAUUGAUUUGUUGAAAGCAAGAUUCACCGGCAGCAAUCCCAGACAAGCUGUUAAUAAGUGUGAAAACACGACAGUCCGCCCGCUGCCUGACGGCCCCAGCUAACACUCGGGGCACAAACUUUCUCUCCACGGGGCUGCUCUUGAUUGCCAGGGUUAUUGCUGCUGAAGGCUUCUCUGAUGCUUCAGGAUAUAUUCAGGGAAAUCGACUCUCCAUAAACUGAGAAUUCAGACAUUCUAAGUGAGAGUCUUCGGAUCACCUAUGAAGAUGGUGGCCCUGUCCUUAAAGAUCUGCGUCCGCCACUGCAAUGUGGUGAAGACCAUGCAGUUUGAGCCGUCCACGGCCGUGUACGACGCGUGUCGGUUCAUCCGGGAGCGGGUGCCCGAGGCGCAAACUGGCCAAGCUUCUGAUUAUGGGCUGUUUCUCUCUGAUGAAGACCCCAGGAAAGGAAUCUGGCUGGAAGCGGGCAGAACACUGGACUACUACAUGUUACGAAAUGGGGAUAUCUUGGAAUACAAAAAGAAACAGAGGCCUCAGAAAAUCCGGAUGCUGGAUGGGGCUGUGAAGACGGUGAUGGUGGACGACUCCAAGACGGUCGGGGAGCUCCUGGUGACUAUUUGCAGCAGGAUAGGAAUAACAAACUAUGAAGAAUACUCUUUAAUCCAAGAAACAAUCGAAGAAAAGAAAGAGGAAGGGACGGGGACACUAAAAAAAGACAGGACGCUGUUACGAGACGAGAGGAAAAUGGAGAAGUUGAAGGCUAAGCUGCACACGGAUGACGACUUGAAUUGGCUGGAUCACAGCCGGACAUUCAGAGAACAAGGAGUCGAUGAAAACGAAACGUUGCUGCUUAGACGGAAGUUCUUUUACUCGGAUCAGAACGUGGACUCGAGAGACCCGGUGCAGCUGAACCUGCUCUAUGUUCAGGCUCGGGAUGAUAUCCUGAAUGGCUCCCACCCUGUCUCCUUCGAGAAAGCCUGUGAGUUUGGUGGAUUUCAAGCCCAGAUACAAUUUGGACCUCAUGUGGAGCAUAAACACAAACCGGGAUUCCUAGAUCUAAAGGAAUUCCUGCCCAAAGAAUACAUCAAGCAAAGAGGAGCUGAAAAGAGAAUAUUUCAGGAGCACAAGAACUGUGGAGAGAUGAGUGAAAUAGAAGCCAAGGUCAAGUACGUCAAACUCGCCCGGUCCCUCCGGACGUAUGGUGUGUCCUUUUUCCUGGUGAAGGAAAAGAUGAAAGGCAAGAACAAACUGGUGCCCCGCCUGCUGGGCAUCACCAAGGACUCAGUGAUGCGCGUGGACGAGAAGACCAAGGAAGUGCUGCAGGAGUGGCCGCUCACCACGGUCAAGCGCUGGGCAGCCUCGCCCAAGAGCUUCACGUUGGAUUUUGGGGAAUAUCAGGAAAGUUACUACUCAGUGCAAACCACCGAGGGAGAGCAAAUAUCCCAGCUGAUUGCAGGCUACAUUGAUAUCAUCCUCAAAAAGAAACAAAGUAAAGAUAGAUUUGGACUAGAGGGUGAUGAGGAGUCAACUAUGUUAGAAGAGUCCGUCUCCCCAAAAAAGUCCACCAUCCUGCAGCAGCAGUUCAACCGGACGGGCAAGGUGGAGCACGGCUCUGUGGCGCUGCCGGCCGUGAUGCGCUCGGGCUCCAGCGGGCCAGAGACCUUCAACGUUGGCAGCAUGCCCUCGCCGCAGCAGCAGGUCAUGGUUGGGCAGAUGCACCGAGGCCACAUGCCCCCGCUGACCUCGGCCCAGCAGGCCCUCAUGGGGACCAUCAACACGAGCAUGCAUGCUGUCCAGCAGGCCCAGGACGACCUCAGCGAGCUUGACUCACUGCCGCCUCUCGGCCAGGAUAUGGCGUCUAGGGUAUGGGUUCAGAAUAAAGUCGACGAAUCCAAACACGAAAUCCACUCUCAGGUCGAUGCCAUCACAGCUGGAACAGCUUCAGUUGUUAACCUCACUGCCGGUGACCCGGCAGACACGGACUACACAGCUGUGGGGUGUGCAAUCACCACCAUUUCUUCCAACCUGACGGAGAUGUCCAAGGGCGUGAAGCUCUUGGCGGCCCUCAUGGACGAUGAGGUGGGCAGCGGGGAGGACUUGCUCAGAGCUGCAAGGACCCUCGCCGGGGCAGUGUCGGACUUGCUGAAAGCGGUGCAGCCUACUUCUGGAGAGCCCCGACAGACGGUUUUGACGGCUGCUGGAAGCAUUGGACAGGCCAGUGGGGAUCUUCUGAGACAGAUCGGAGAGAAUGAGACUGAUGAGCGAUUCCAAGACGUUUUAAUGAGUUUGGCCAAAGCUGUUGCCAACGCUGCUGCUAUGCUGGUACUAAAGGCAAAGAAUGUUGCCCAAGUGGCCGAAGACACGGUCCUGCAGAACAGGGUGAUCGCCGCUGCCACCCAGUGUGCCCUCUCCACCUCCCAGCUGGUGGCCUGUGCCAAGGUGGUGAGCCCCACCAUCAGCUCCCCCGUGUGCCAGGAGCAGCUGAUCGAAGCGGGGAAGCUUGUGGACCGCUCAGUGGAGAACUGCGUCCGCGCCUGCCAGGCAGCCACAGAUGACAGCGAGCUCCUGAAGCAAGUCGGCGCGGCGGCCAGCGUGGUCAGCCAGGCCCUGCACGACCUCCUGCAGCACGUGCGACAGUUUGCCAGCCGAGGCGAGCCCAUCGGCCGCUACGACCAGGCCACCGACACCAUCAUGUGUGUCACCGAGAGCAUCUUCAGCUCCAUGGGAGAUGCUGGUGAAAUGGUGCGCCAGGCACGAGUCCUUGCCCAGGCCACCUCAGACCUCGUCAACGCCAUGAGGUCGGAUGCAGAAGCCGAGAUCGACAUGGAGAAUUCAAAGAAGCUCCUGGCAGCAGCAAAACUCCUGGCGGACUCCACGGCUCGCAUGGUGGAAGCGGCAAAGGGAGCUGCAGCCAACCCUGAGAAUGAGGACCAGCAGCAAAGGCUGAGAGAGGCUGCGGAAGGUCUCCGGGUGGCAACCAACGCCGCCGCCCAGAAUGCUAUAAAGAAAAAAAUUGUCAACCGAUUGGAGGUUGCAGCCAAGCAGGCUGCCGCCGCGGCCACGCAGACCAUCGCCGCCUCCCAGAACGCAGCUGUGUCCAACAAGAACCCUGCGGCCCAGCAGCAGCUGGUGCAGAGCUGCAAGGCGGUGGCUGAUCACAUCCCUCAGCUGGUCCAGGGGGUGAGAGGGAGCCAAGCCCAAGCAGAAGACCUCAGUGCCCAGCUGGCUCUCAUCAUCUCCAGCCAGAACUUCCUCCAGCCUGGAAGCAAGAUGGUGUCCUCCGCCAAAGCCGCAGUGCCCACGGUGAGCGACCAGGCUGCCGCCAUGCAGCUGAGCCAGUGCGCCAAGAAUCUUGCCACCAGCUUGGCGGAGCUGCGGACUGCCUCGCAGAAGGCCCACGAAGCCUGCGGCCCUAUGGAGAUCGACUCCGCUCUGAGCACCGUGCAGACCCUGAAGAACGAGCUGCAGGAUGCGAAGAUGGCAGCCGCGGACAGCCAGCUGAAGCCGCUUCCCGGCGAGACGCUGGAAAAAUGUGCUCAGGACCUGGGAAGUACAUCUAAAGCAGUGGGCUCCUCCAUGGCGCAGCUCCUGACCUGCGCUGCUCAAGGCAAUGAGCACUACACAGGGGUGGCAGCUAGAGAGACGGCCCAAGCUCUGAAGACGCUGGCCCAGGCUGCCCGUGGAGUGGCUGCAUCCACAAGUGACCCCGCAGCUGCACACGCCAUGUUAGAUUCUGCUCGCGAUGUGAUGGAGGGCUCGGCCAUGCUCAUCCAAGAAGCCAAGCAGGCCCUGAUUGCUCCUGGAGAUGCGGAGAGUCAGCAGAGGCUGGCCCAGGUGGCCAAGGCCGUCUCGCACUCUCUGAAUAACUGCGUGAAUUGCCUCCCCGGGCAGAAGGAUGUGGACGUGGCCUUGAAGAGCAUCGGGGAGUCCAGCAAGAAGCUACUUGUGGACUCGUUACCUCCAAGCACGAAGCCGUUCCAGGAAGCCCAGAGCGAACUGAACCAAGCAGCGGCCGACCUGAACCAGUCUGCUGGGGAAGUGGUCCAUGCGACCCGGGGGCAGAGCGGGGAGCUGGCUGCAGCCUCCGGGAAGUUCAGUGAUGAUUUCGAUGAAUUCCUCGAUGCUGGCAUUGAGAUGGCGGGCCAAGCUCAGACCAAAGAAGACCAGAUCCAGGUGAUCGGAAACCUCAAGAAUAUCUCUAUGGCAUCCAGCAAGCUGCUGUUAGCUGCCAAGUCUCUCUCUGUGGACCCAGGAGCCCCCAAUGCGAAAAACCUCCUCGCUGCAGCUGCAAGAGCUGUGACAGAGAGCAUCAAUCAACUCAUCACACUGUGCACCCAGCAAGCGCCCGGCCAGAAGGAGUGUGACAAUGCCCUGCGGGAGCUGGAGACUGUCAAGGGGAUGUUGGACAAUCCUAAUGAACCUGUUAGUGACCUCUCUUACUUUGACUGCAUUGAGAGUGUGAUGGAAAACUCCAAGGUUCUGGGCGAGUCGAUGGCAGGGAUUUCGCAGAAUGCCAAGACCGGGGACCUUCCUGCUUUUGGGGAGUGUGUAGGGAUUGCUUCCAAGGCUCUCUGUGGGCUGACAGAGGCAGCAGCUCAGGCUGCAUACCUUGUUGGCAUCUCUGAUCCAAACAGCCAGGCAGGCCACCAGGGCCUCGUGGACCCCAUCCAGUUCGCCAGGGCUAACCAGGCUAUCCAGAUGGCAUGCCAGAACCUGGUGGACCCUGGCAGCAGCCCGUCACAGGUUCUGUCAGCCGCCACGAUUGUCGCCAAGCACACCUCGGCCUUAUGCAACGCCUGCCGCAUCGCCUCGUCCAAGACAGCCAACCCAGUGGCCAAGAGGCACUUUGUCCAGUCAGCCAAGGAAGUCGCCAACAGCACCGCCAACCUGGUGAAGACCAUCAAGGCCCUGGACGGGGAUUUCUCUGAAGACAACCGCAAUAAGUGUCGCAUUGCCACCGCCCCCUUGAUCGAAGCCGUGGAGAACCUGACCGCAUUCGCAUCCAACCCUGAGUUUGUCAGCAUUCCCGCCCAGAUCAGCUCCGAGGGCUCUCAGGCACAGGAACCGAUCCUGGUCUCAGCCAAGACCAUGCUGGAGAGCUCAUCAUACCUCAUCCGCACUGCACGCUCACUGGCCAUCAACCCCAAAGACCCACCCACCUGGUCUGUGCUAGCCGGACAUUCCCACACUGUGUCUGACUCCAUCAAGAGUCUCAUCACAUCUAUCAGGGACAAGGCCCCUGGACAGAGGGAGUGUGACUACUCCAUCGAUGGCAUCAACCGGUGCAUCCGGGACAUCGAGCAGGCCUCCCUGGCAGCGGUCAGCCAGAGUUUGGCCACGAGGGACGACAUCUCUGUGGAGGCCCUGCAGGAGCAGCUGACCUCAGUGGUCCAGGAAAUCGGGCACCUUAUCGAUCCCAUCGCCACAGCGGCUCGGGGAGAAGCAGCUCAGCUCGGACAUAAGGUGACACAGCUGGCAAGCUACUUUGAGCCCUUGAUCUUAGCAGCGGUUGGUGUUGCCUCCAAGAUUCUGGACCAUCAGCAGCAGAUGACGGUGCUGGACCAGACCAAGACACUCGCAGAGUCUGCCCUGCAGAUGCUGUACGCAGCCAAAGAAGGUGGAGGGAACCCCAAGGCGCAGCACACCCACGAUGCCAUCACGGAGGCCGCCCAGCUCAUGAAGGAGGCUGUGGACGACAUCAUGGUGACGCUGAACGAAGCUGCCAGUGAAGUGGGGCUGGUGGGCGGCAUGGUCGACGCCAUUGCAGAGGCCAUGAGCAAGCUGGACGAUGGCACUCCUCCAGAGCCAAAGGGAACAUUCGUCGACUACCAGACGACUGUGGUCAAAUAUUCUAAAGCCAUUGCGGUAACAGCUCAGGAAAUGAUGACUAAGUCGGUUACUAACCCGGAGGAGUUGGGAGGACUGGCUUCACAAAUGACCAGUGACUAUGGGCACCUGGCUCUCCAGGGCCAGAUGGCAGCAGCCACGGCGGAACCAGAGGAGAUCGGCUUCCAGAUUCGCACUCGGGUGCAGGACCUGGGCCACGGCUGCAUCUUCCUGGUGCAGAAGGCGGGGGCCCUCCAGGUGUGCCCCACCGACAGCUACACCAAGAGGGAGCUCAUCGAGUGUGCCCGCGCCGUCACCGAGAAGGUGUCCUUGGUGCUGUCAGCUCUCCAGGCUGGGAACAAGGGGACCCAGGCAUGUAUCACGGCCGCCACUGCCGUGUCCGGGAUCAUUGCCGACCUGGACACCACCAUCAUGUUUGCGACCGCGGGGACCCUGAACGCAGAGAACAAUGAGACCUUCGCAGACCACAGGGAGAACAUUCUGAAGACGGCCAAGGCCUUGGUGGAAGACACCAAACUGCUGGUGUCCGGGGCCGCGUCCACCCCAGACAAGCUGGCCCAGGCGGCCCAGUCCUCAGCAGCCACCAUCACCCAGCUCGCCGAGGUGGUCAAGCUGGGGGCGGCCAGCCUGGGCUCUGAUGACCCCGAGACCCAGGUGGUGUUGAUCAACGCCAUCAAAGAUGUGGCCAAGGCCCUUUCAGACCUCAUUGGUGCUACCAAGGGAGCUGCCAGCAAGCCCGCCGAUGACCCCUCCAUGUACCAGCUCAAGGGGGCUGCCAAGGUGAUGGUGACCAAUGUCACCUCCCUUCUCAAGACUGUGAAGGCCGUGGAGGACGAGGCCACGCGGGGCACCCGGGCGCUUGAGGCCACGAUCGAGUACAUGAAGCAGGAGCUCACGGUGUUCCAGUCAAAAGAAGUACCUGAAAAGACAUCAUCACCUGAAGAAUCUAUAAGGAUGACGAAAGGCAUCACCAUGGCAACAGCCAAAGCCGUGGCAGCUGGGAACUCGUGUAGACAGGAGGACGUGAUCGCCACGGCUAAUCUGAGCCGGAAAGCCGUGUCAGAUAUGCUGAUGGCUUGCAAGCAAGCAUCUUUCCACCCUGAUGUCAGCGAGGACGUGCGCGCCAGAGCCUUGCGGUACGGGACGGAGUGCACCCUCAGCUACCUGGACCUUCUGGAGCAUGUCCUGGUGGUUCUUCAGAAACCAACCCCGGAACUCAAGCACCAGCUGGCUGCUCUCUCCAAGCGAGUCGCUGGUGCCGUGACUGAGCUCAUUCAGGCAGCAGAAGCCAUGAAAGGAACAGAGUGGGUGGAUCCAGAAGACCCAACCGUCAUUGCAGAAACAGAAUUACUGGGGGCUGCAGCAUCCAUUGAGGCUGCUGCCAAGAAGUUAGAGCAACUGAAGCCAAGAGCAAAGCCAAAACAAGCGGAUGAGACCCUGGAUUUUGAAGAACAGAUCUUGGAAGCUGCUAAAUCCAUUGCUGCUGCCACAAGUGCCCUGGUCAAGUCUGCCUCGGCAGCCCAGAGGGAGCUGGUGGCCCAAGGAAAGGUGGGCUCCAUCCCCGCCAAUGCCGCGGAUGACGGACAGUGGUCGCAGGGGCUGAUUUCUGCUGCCCGCAUGGUGGCAGCUGCGACCAGCAGCCUCUGCGAGGCGGCCAACGCCUCUGUUCAGGGACACGCCAGUGAGGAAAAGCUCAUCUCGUCCGCCAAGCAGGUCGCCGCUUCCACGGCUCAGCUGCUUGUGGCCUGCAAGGUGAAGGCCGAUCAGGACUCAGAGGCCAUGAGGCGGCUACAGGCGGCAGGAAAUGCUGUGAAAAGAGCCUCAGACAAUCUUGUCCGUGCAGCCCAGAAGGCAGCAUUUGGCAAAGCUGAUGAUGACGAUGUUGUAGUGAAAACAAAAUUUGUGGGGGGCAUUGCUCAGAUUAUCGCUGCCCAGGAGGAAAUGCUGAAGAAGGAGCGAGAACUGGAAGAAGCAAGGAAAAAACUGGCCCAGAUCCGCCAACAGCAGUAUAAAUUCUUACCCACUGAGCUGAGGGAGGACGAAGGCUAAGGCCGUGGCCGAGGUGGCGAGCCCCCAGCGGACGGCUCUGAGGGAACUGGACAGACAGUGUUCCUGGGAGGCGGGGAACUUACCUGGAAGCUGCCUGCCUCCCCCGGGGCCAGCCCAGAGCCGAGUGCUCAUCCUCACGUCUGUCCCGUCGGGCACCAGCUGCAUGAUCGUGAUGUCACACGGUACAGUGUCCCACCCACAGCUCCUCCGCCAGCUCCCCGCCAGCCUCGCCGCAUCUCAGGAGAGAGGGCCGUGCAUUGUGUGGACUGUUACCAAAAAAGAGAAGUCAGUAUUAUGUCGUUCUCAGACACCUGUGCUCUCUGUCGGUCCUUCUCCGGGCCUGCUCCUGGGCCUGUUGAAAUCUUAAUAGGAAAAAAAUCAUGGCUUGGGGAAAUCACGGAUGCCAUAGAUAUUCACAGCUGCUCUUCUCCCCCCCAGGAGAGAGUGGGAGUUGGAGUUGAACAUGUUAAUAAAAGACAGAAACGUAAGCCCGUGUGGACUCCAGGAGGGCAAUGGGGGUCGUCCUUCUGGCUCACCCACAGGGUGACGAGUUCCUGCUCCCGUUUGCACGCCUUCUUGCCUCAGUGUAUAAGCUCCCUGGACAAUCGCAACCCCGUCUUAUAUUCUGUGGCCCAGAAAAUCAAACAAUUAUUUUUAUUUCUCUCCAUAAUCCAAAGGGAAGAGGUGUGGGGUACCUGUCAGGGCUCGGCAAGCAGGGGCUGUAAUAAAAUGUGUGGGUCCUUA